UGAGAAAAGAACUGCUUGUCUUCAUGAUAAGAGAGGAUCCUCGUCAGUGUGUUGUAGUUGCAGUCCUUCGGUCACUGAGCAGACUCCAGUACCUGGUCGUAGUUACUUCUUAUCGCUCGUGUUUCGAUUUCAUACCACACUAUCUGCCACCCACAUGCACAUCAUGAUGUCGUUGAAAUCUUCGACCUAAUUGACUUUGAUGUGACGACUAUAUGCAACGAGUAGGAGGGUAGAAAAUGGCGUUGCAUCAUGUCGUAAACGUCACGUUCUUGAUGUUGUUCGUCUGAGUCAAGAGCCAGUCGUGUGCUAUUUCUGCAGCAGGAGCACUGGUGGUGGGCCGCGUGGGCGACGUUGCAUCAAUUAUAAACUUAAGUGCGACCACGCCGGACUACAUCUUGAUCUUCGAUUGCAUCGCCGUUGGGUUCCGCUUCCGCACCUCUUCUUAGGACUAUAUAAUUCAACAAAAGUAGUCCUCUUCUAAAAAGUAGUUCCUCCUCAUCAUGGUCUCGAUUGCCUUGCCUGCGACGUUUAAUCUCGCAACAAGCGAGGAAUUGGUCCAAAAGAAUACGGAGUUAAACCGAGUGAUUAUCGCGCUACCGGAAGAAGAAGACGACGAUGAUGAUCUUUUAUGAUCAAGUUUUCAUUUUAGGUGUAAGAACGACGGAUCAUUUUUUUUUCAACAUGAUUUUAGGUGUAAGUAGAAUUUUAGGUGUAAGUAAAACAUGAAGAGAGAUGCAAAGGAGGACUUCUAUAAUUAAGAGGAAACUGCGCAUACCCGUCUAAGGACUGGGCAACUCAUCAUCAUCAUCACGACGGAACUUUAGAGAAGGGUAACCAAAAAGAGCAUGAAAACCAUAGUUGUAGUUCUUCUUCCACAUCAAGAUCAGGCACCUCUGAUUCUGAAGUUGUACUUUGAUAAUUACAACGUGCUCUUCUGUUCAGUGAGUCAGAAAGCCCACUACUUUGUGGAGUCAACGCAGAUAUUUGUGCGAGUACUGAAUGAGUACGGUAUCUAUGUAUUUCUUUCUCAUCUAAUUUCCGGCGUAGACAUUUUGCAGGAUCCUUCGCAUCCUCUAGUGACGGGAGGUCUCAGUCCCUCAAACACGCGACGGCCGUCCAUAUUCAAACAUGACGAUGACCUUCUCCGUGUGGGUGAGGACACUAGCGACAUCCCUGGUGGCUACGCUGCAAGGAGACAGUACAACUUGUUUGUUUCUAGAGCUGAGUUGCACUUUCGAAAAUGAACAAAAUAUCAUGAAAGUAGAAUAAUUUUCGAGGAGUUCUUCAUAGUAUAGGCGUAGAAGUGCUGUUGCGCUUACGACUCCAACUAAACAACUCGGGACCACUCUGCUCACGCUCCUUCUACCUUCGUUAUCUCACGGCCCUUUUCCUUUAUCUUUACAACAGCUAUGAUGUACCUGAAUCUUUCCUCUGUCUUGUCUGGUGCUCUCCAUCCUUUUGUUCGCCUUCUUUCCUCAUGUUUACAAAAAGCGUUUCAUCACCUUCACCCUUGCUAGGUCUCGGAAAAGUUUCAGUUUGUUUCCGAAGAGAGUUUCGAUCAAUUACAAAGUCGACGUGAAGGAGGGAAGCUCUCUCUACAGCGAGUCCCUGGUCCAUAUGCCUGAAGCCGAAGAGGUAUGAUGGAACAAGGAAAAUAAUAAUAAAAAAGUGUACUAACAACUGCUCAACAUGAUCCUCAAGAACAAGUAGGUACAAGAAACUACGUAGUGAAACUACGUAGUACGAUAGUAGGUACAAGAAACUACGUAGUACGAUGAUUUUAAUUUACUUCAUCUAAGUAGGAAAUUCAUUGCCUCUUUUCUUGAGCAAUAAAACUAUGUACAACUAUGUACAAGUGCAACUUGUAGUACACUUUUUCUUUCCCUUGUCAUAAGAGGAAGACGCGGUGCCCUUGGUGCUUCGUCGCGAUGACGAAGAGGACGAUUACAUUUACGGAGAGUACGAACAAGAGCAUCUUCAUCACGAGGAAGAAGAAGAAGUUAUGGGUCCUCGUAUAAUUGACUCAUCUUGUUCAUGAGCGUUUUUGUAACUACAGCGAGGAUUCAUCGUGUACUACGGUGAUUGUACUAGAUAUAGUUCAUCUUGUACAGUGAGGAUUCAUGAUUUUUGUAGACCCCUUGUACAACUAGUUCUUGUACCUAGUACUAGUAAGUACUAGAAGAGAUUUUAGUGUUGUAUAAUUUACUCUCUUGCUCACCAGUUACUCUCUUCUUGCUCACCUACAAUACUACAUGCUCUCUCUCUCUCUCUCUCUCGUGAUCCUGUGGAUGUUCGGUUUGAUUGUGGUCUAAUAGUUACGGCGACGAAGUGAGAGCUUAUGAUCACCAUGACGAGUAUGAGCACGAAUUAUAUCAUGAUGAACAUGAUGGAUAUCAUCGUGUAGUAGAGCAUUAAGGCAGCUGUACCUAAUACAUCUUUGGGCGCAUCCUUGAAACUACGCAUGGAGGAGGAUCCUAAGCAGGGAAUACUCCCCCAUACUUUUCAAGGAUGCACUUGAAAGAUGAAUUGCGGACAGCUCUAAGAGCAGGAGGAGGAACCUGAGCCGAUUCGGCGAAGUAUAACGAGGAUUCACGAGUUGACAGAGGCGAACGUGCUCACCAUAGCUGAGAGAGGAAGCCAGAAAGAUGUGAUCCUCCAGAAAUACAUGGAGGAGCAUGAAAGAGCCGCUGAGUUGGAGACCGCCGUCGUAGAUGAGAACCUGGUUCACCGACCAACCUUGUUCAAUGGCGACUAUGUUGAAACUCGAUCUCCUGCUGGGAUCACCGGCGCAAGUUCUUCUAUCAUGGGAGCUGCUGCGGGAGGAGGUGGUGGUGCAAGAGGAGGUGGUGCAACGAGUUCCAAAUCCAAAUUAAUACACCUUCGAGACGAGGAGGACCAUCCAACAGCUUCAGGGGGCCAGUCUUCUCCAGAAGGAACCCCUCUAAGCAGGACGAUGCAGGACGCCACACCUACGAAGCCUGGUUAUAGUACCCCUAGACAAGACGCCCCUAGACAAGGUGCUGGUGGAGGCUCUUCUACGCCUAAACAUGAACAUGUUGAGGACCACACCACCAGAAGUGGAGGCUCUUCUACGCCUCGACAUCAUGUAAUCGUAAGCAUUUCCACAUUGCAUCCCUCAGCAGAAGCGCCGGCUCCUUUGGGGUCAGGAGUGGCAAGAACGCUUCUCACAAAUAAGUUAAGGCUAAACGUAGUAAAAACCGGCUAGUUUUCCCUCUACAACUCGUAGACUUGUUAUCCCCUUUUGUGAUUUUUGAGUUUGACCCACAAGAAGUAGAUGAUUAGAUUACUACUACAAUAUGCUUAGUCGUAAAGGCAUGAUCUUCAGUUUGACAGAUCGAAAUAUGCAGGGGCGCUUUAAUAUCAAUCAACAUUUUUAUGUACAAUAAGCGAAGCAACAGCGGCUGCAGCGGUAGACAACUACAAGGACAACUGCACCUCUCGAACUGUCUUAUUAAACAACGCGAUCGGUGCUCUGGUCCUGGUGCUCCCUCCUCUACGUUUUUCAUUCUUAUUCUCCGUCUUGGUCAUCUUCUCGUCCGUCUCGUCUGUCUAAAAUCUGUCGUACUUAGUUCAAAAAUCAUCAUCUGUAGGAACAUGAUUCUUCUUCUUUCCGGGUCGCAACUCUAGCAUGAGGACAACUACACCUCUCGAACAGGUAAAUCUAAACGAAUGAAUGCAUGAAGCGUAGUACCUGUGGCAAGGCCCUUCAUCUAAUCCUUUCUGUAGACAAAGCAGAAGAUCGCAGCAUGAAGAACUACGAAGGAAGAAGGACUUCUCCGUCGCCAUGCUUGCGGUUUUUCGCCUGCUUACUUCCCUGUCCAUUGCGGAGGCGAGAUCAUGGAGAGGCUGAGAUAAAAGCCGGAAAGACGACACCAGCUUCUGAAGGAGACCAAGGACAGAGGGCUCCUUGUGGUUGGACCACCACAACUAGUACUAGAGGUAAUACUAGUAAUACAGCGCAUAAUAUUUUUAAGCGUAGGUUAAAGGUGUUCCCCCUGUUAUCUAGCGUUCGUUUUGCCCUUCUGGAGGGGGAAAGGCAUAACGAACGGGGUAAACGAACACCAUCAAAAGCCUACCCCUAAUGCUUCUACUAGAGGCUGCGCUACAACCACUUCGUGUCCUAGUGGCGCUCCUUCUUCUACUAGAGAACCAGAAGUGGAGGAGGAGCGCUACUCAUUAUAUGAGGAUGAGGAUCUCAUAUCCGUCAACGCGCGGUACAUGAAAAUACACGAACCAUCCAAGAACUCAAAUAUGGAUGAUGUUUUUUGCAUCUAUCAGGGCAUCGAGGCCCUCCCGAACAAGGCUAUAGAUACGUUUUUUUUAGGGGAAAGGGGUAGCCUCGAUGGUCUGGCUAGAUGGAAUCGACGCCAUCCAUAUCACAGCGGAAACAUAAAAUAGCAAAGGUCGUGGAUGAAAGAGAACAGCAAGCGACGCCUGCAGCAACUUCAACGAGCACGAAUAGGAUGAUGCUGUUGAUUAUGGCCCGCGAAUCGACUUUACAAUUCUUGACCAUCUAUUUAGAGUUAGAAGUACUUCUACCUUAGCCGCAUGCGUAUGCUGACUUCAGAAGUAGCUUAUGAGUUUCAUUAGCAUCGUCCGUAUGGAUGUGACUUUCUGUAGUUUCUUCUUCUCAAGGUUCUCACGACCACCUUGCAACUAAAGCUAAACAUAUAGACCAAAAAAUCAUAUUCUUAUAGACCACAUAAGUUUAAAGGCACAUGAUAAGUAGAUGGAAGGUCGAGAUCAAGAAACAGUACCCGCUAAGGUGAAAAAACCAAACGGUGGAGACGCAGAAGAGGCGCAGGAUACCAGCUCAACAGAAGACAGCUCUUCAGCAGCACUCAAAGGACGACCGAGGUCGAGAUCCGUAUCAGCAUCUUCCUCCUGCUCAUCAGGCGAAGAUAGUACCUCAACUACAAUUAUGGUGCUGGUGGAGAGAACUGAGAAGUGAAGAAAGCGGAUCAUGUGUUCUACUUGUCAAGGUCUUCAAGUCAAGGUCUUGUUCAAGUAGAUCCUGGUGAGUGGUUCUACUUGUCAAGGUCUUGUUCAAGUAGAUCCUGGUGAGUGAAGAAAGAGAAAGUCAAGUACAACAACUAGGAUGAAGUCUUCUUAUAAUAUGUAUAUAAUUAAGUCGUGAAGACUUGGACUUCUGAAGAAAGGUAUCGUCCAUGACUAUGUAGUUCUUGGGAUGUGAAUUGGCAAAUCUUUAUCUUGAGUGCAAAAGGGAAAAGCAGUAGAAGUACCUCUAAAGGCAACUCCUCGUCUACACUCCGAGGCGCCGCAGGAGAGAGGACUCUAGGGGAAGAGAGCAAGGGCUUGCUAUUGAAACAGGAAGCGAAUACGAGUAUCCUUCAGAAGGAGUAUCUCAAAAUGUCAUCUUCAGGCGGAGUAAAACAAGAGCAAGAAUUAAGGGUAGGUUAAAGGUGCUUUUCUUACCGCUUUUUAUGCCUCUCUCCCUUAAUAGGAUGAGAAAGGCAUAACAAGCGGGGUAAGCGAGCACCAAAAACCUACCUCUAAAAGAAGCAAAAGUAGAACAGCACGAGUGGACGAAGUGCUCAGGAAUAAGAACAGACGGUGGUGAUGAUGAUGAUGAUGUAGUGGAGGCUGACAGCAUCUUCAAAGCGUCGAGAAGAAAAAGGAGACCGUGGCUUAUUGUUGCGGGUCUCCUGUUCCUAAAUUAAGGCUAGAAGAAAUCCAUCCUCACAGUCACAGGCAUCUUGGUCCCGUUUCUCAAGGGAAAAAAGACGGAAGAUGCCGCUGAAGAUGGAUUUCUUCUAGCUCUAACUAAAGCUGGUCUUUGGUUGCGUCUUCCACUACAUUCUUCUGCCUUACUUCGAAAAAGUCCGAAACCAGACGAGUCCUCAAUAUUGAAUUAUCACCAGAUCGGUCGUGACCACGUCGUCUUCUACCACGAUGAUGUGCUGCUGGACGAGGGCACCUCUACAACAACUACAAUGUGCACCAAGUCCAGGAGUUGUAGCUCUCACGGUGGUCCUGAAGGAGAUGCGCAAACACGACUUGCAAACGUUGAUACUGACUCACGCUCAUAGACAUGGACAUCGAUGAACGAUGAACAAUACCUUUUACUUUUCUUUUUCUUAUAUGCUGCGAUAGAAGAUUAAGAUGAACAACAAGAAGAACUAACCCUUAUAAUUUUUGAUGCAAAUAGAAUCCAAGCGGAACAACAAGAAGUGGGUUGUUAGUUUCAUAUGACCUCUAUAACAGCGGACUUCCACAUACUAAGUAAGUGUUUACAGAUGAAUACACAGAGAUCUACUUCUGGACAUCUUCAUAAUAAUGAAAGUAACUACUGAGCAGGUAAUAGAACGACAAUAUGAUCUUCAUGCCAACUACAAUUCUAGAUGAAUACUGCAGUUACUACUAGCACGACUGAUACAACAAUCAAUUUAUAUCCUAAUGACUAUUUGUAGUUACAACAAUCAAGAUAUAUCCUAAUGACUACUUGUAGUUUCUGAAGCUAGAAGUAGCACUGCAACUACUCGGAAUAUUUAAGCAUAUCCGAUGAUCACAAAUAUUUCGUGGUCUAACCUACACCUACUUGAACUACAACAUAACUUAGGAAUACUAGGGCAUUGUUCGCGUUGCCUGAUUCACCAAAAUGAAUGGGAUUUCAUCUAACUUCACUGACUCUGACCAAGUAAGUUCGUGUAGCUUGUUUUUAAAUACUUCAAAGGUUUAUAUUUACUGAAUUUUUCUAGAUCUAUACCUAUUAUUCAAUACUUACUGUAGUGGAUGUAAAAGCUCUAGAACAAAUGGCUUGUCAGACUAUAAUUACAGCAGUGCUACAACUUUGUUCACCGGUUCUCUAUCUACCUGAGGACGAGGUAUUUUUAGCGAGAACAACUGCAAGUACAAGUGCCGCAACAACAUAUAGUGAUCCAUUUUCAAGAACAUAUGAUCUCUUACUUUUGUCGUCAAUGAAUCAAUCAGGUCAGACAUUCUUCUAGUAAUUGGUUCUUGACAGUACUAGUUGUCGACUUUGGAGGAAGAGGCAUGGAAUUCACUGAUUACCCAUCAAAGGACAUCACACUCACGACGUCGACAUAGAGAAUGCAGCACGAGCAAUCGACUCAAUUGACAGCUGCAAUUUUUCUCCUUCAACUCUGCCGGCAGAUCAGCAUGUCCCGAGCGACAUAGCACUGCAACAGGGUCGUGAGCGAAACACUCGUCCCGAAUGACUACAAUGGAACAGUGACUGAAGCGUUUCCGUCGCUGUGACUGAGGGCCUCGUCUGUGUUUCAUCCUGGCUGCUCUUCUACUGCGAAGGUCGACGUCACCUUCAACGAGGACUGUUUUAAUAUUCUUCUCACAGCACAACGGAUAUGUUCAUCUUCAUCUAGAAGCAUCCCUCAAUCUCAGUGUCCC